UGACAGUCCACACAUGCACCAAGAGCGCAAGUUCCGACGAAAGAGAAUCUAACUGAGAAUACGAGAGGUGCACAUGGCCAUCCCGAACCACGUUCACCGCAUUGGGAGGUGGGCGUCUCGGGAUUUCCCGACGUCGAGACAGCAACUGCACAGUUCCUCAGCCACCGGCCCGUAGCCGCCCAGAUCGUUGAGCUCAGUAUCAGCGGUAAGUAGCAAGCUCAAGACCCGCAGGACCCCCCGACGUCGCGAUGGCCAAAUCCAAGAACCAUACCAACCACAACCAGAACAAGAAGGCUCACCGUAAUGGUAUCAAGACGCCUAAGAGCCACAGGACACGUUCGAUGAAGGGGGUUGAUCCUAAGUUCCGCCGUAACGCCAAAUACGCACUUGUCGGCUCACGAAAAGCUCGUGCGGAGCAGAAAGUCGGAGGGGGACAAUGAUCUGUUCCAACGAUCGUUACUUUCCUAUCGUCUCUCGUGGCAGAAACGCAGGCUCGGGGGUUAGAUUGGGCUUCGUUCUCUGGCCAUUCCAUUCGACACGUCUCGCAUUAUGUAUUCAAUUCCGCCACCAUGCCCUAUGCCCUCUGCAAUACGCUUAGGAGUUCGCUGUCGUCUCGUUCAGUGCAAAAUGAAAACACCAAAACACUGAUAUUGCGUGUGGACCGGAAUGUAUUGAUAAAAAUACACAUGUUGCAAGGAAUCGGAAGAAUACACUGCUCGGCGCUACUUCUGACUAGAG